AGCUUUGAUACACCACUUGGCAGUUACAUCCCACACCACCUCCACAGUGCUACGACCGACACCUACCGACACCUACCGACUUCAUUUCGACCAUUCAUCUAACAAGGAGUCAACUUGUAGCUUUACAACUCGGUCGACAAUUCUCUUUUUUUUUUUUUCCGACUUCCACCCUCGACGUUCUCCACCAGUCGACUAAAAAUAAAUUUCAACUUAGAAGAGAAGAAUUAACAAAAGGCCGAUUGGGAAAGCAUUACGUUAAAUCCACCGGUCGCAUGUAGUCACCAAUCGUCAUGUCCGCCGAAGCGACCGCCGCAAUGGCGUCUGCGCCCGAGAAGGAGACGGUUGAGAUCAAAGUCGCAAAUGACCAACCUAGCAACGACGCACUCACUAAUAAAGCCACCGGCCUUCACUCACCGCCCGAUAGUAACAGCGCUAUGAAGUUGGACGGUAGCGAUGAUUCCGAAUUGAGUGAUCUCGACGACCCUUCGUUCCUGGACAUGGACAUGGAUAUGGACAUGCAUUUGGAUAUCAAGCCGUCUUCCGAUGCUCCGCAACCUGAACCUGCGAAUGAUGAUCAAGAUGUUAAACAAAAGGAAGAUGAAGAUAUCGGAGAGGUUGUUCCCGACCAUUGGUCUGGUACUGUUCCCGUCUUCAAACCAAACAUGCACCAAUUCAAGGAUUUUAAGAAAUUCAUGACAAAAGUCGAUUGUUAUGGUAUGAAGUCUGGAAUCAUUAAGGUCAUCCCCCCGAAGGAAUGGACAGACAAACGCCCUCCGCUUGAUGAUAUGAUUAAGCAAAUCAGAGUUAGGGAGCCCAUCAAACAGGAUAUCAUGGGAUCCAAUGGCACAUAUCGACAGGUCAACAUUCUUCAUCAGAGAUCCUACAAUAUCCCACAGUGGCGACAGCUCUGCGAUCAAAGUGAACACCAGCCUCCUGCUAAACGCGGCGAGAGGCGCGCCCAGGCGCCGCCCAAGCCAAAACCAGCUCCGUCCUCAAGUGCCACCGAUUCUAAGAGACGGGGCCGACCAACUAGAGGAAGAGGUAGGCGGGCUGCAGCAAAAGAUAAGGCCGACCAAGAAGAUCGACCGAUGACACCUGUUUCACCCAAGCCGAGCGAAGAGAUUAUCCAAUCCGUAGAGCAGGAUCCAGGUGCUGAAGUAGAUGAUGAUGACGACAGUACCCCUGUCGUUGGUCGGAUGGGUGGUGCCAGGCAAGCCAAACCCAAGUUGCAAUCGACAUCGGCUAGGAGGAAAUACUCGAAACGAGAAGCGUCGGCCAGGAUCGAUGAAGAAGCUUUCAAGGACUUCGACUACCGUAUGGACAUCUCGGAAUACACGCCUGAGAGGUGUGAGGAACUUGAGCGCAUAUACUGGAAAACUCUUACUUAUGCGCAGCCGCUGUAUGGUGCUGAUCUCCCUGGGACGCUUUUUGACGACGAAUGUGAUACUUGGAAUCUUAACAAGCUUCCCAACCUCCUCGACGUCCUAGGCACCAAGGUUCCCGGUGUCAACACGGCAUAUCUAUACCUAGGCAUGUGGAAGGCGACCUUUGCGUGGCAUCUUGAAGACGUCGACCUAUACAGUAUCAACUACCUGCAUUUUGGUGCUCCAAAACAGUGGUAUAGUAUUUCUCAGGGUGAUGCACGUCGGUUUGAAGCCGCGAUGAAGAGUAUCUGGCCUACAGACGCGAAGGCGUGCGACCAAUUCUUGAGACACAAAGCUUUCCUCAUCUCACCAAACCACCUGGCAAACUUCUUCAAUAUCAAAGUCAAUAAGUGUGUCUCCUAUCCAGGGGAAUUUGUUGUCACUUAUCCAUAUGGUUACCAUUCGGGAUACAACCUAGGAUAUAACUGCGCUGAAGCCGUGAACUUUGCCUUGGACUCAUGGUUACCGAUGGGAAAGAUCGCCAAGAGAUGUGAAUGUGCCCAGGCACAGGACAGCGUCUGGGUUGAUGUGUACGAGAUUGAACGUAAGUUAAGAGGCGAAGAAACGGAUUACGAGGAAACGGAAGAUGAAGAAGAUGACGAGGAGGAGGAAGAAGACGAUGACCUUGACAAUGGCGCACCGACACCGGCUUCGUCUCAUGCAGUGAGAUUCAAGGAGCCUGGGCGUAAACGCAAACGUCUAGCAGCUGAUAAAGGGGAGAAGAAAACCAAGAAGAUACGACUCCGCGUUAAGAACCACAUUGAACCGCCGUGCUGCCUGUGUCCUCAUGAUAUACCAGGACAAGAUGUCCUACCGACAAGCGAUGGCCGCAAAGCUCAUAGAAUUUGCGCACUUUACGGAUCAGAAACCUGGAUUGAGACAGUUGAUGGAAAAGAAGUUGUUGCGAACGUUGAAAACGUCGGCAAAGCUCGCCUGGAACUUAAGUGCUUGUAUUGCCGGUCCAAGAGGGGCGCUUGUUUCCAGUGUUCUCAAAAGAAAUGUGCUCGCUCUUACCACGCUACUUGCGCUGCAGCGGCUGGGGUCCUGGUAGAAGAGGCAGACGUCCCCAUAUUCGGCGAGGAUGGGACCGAAUACAAGGAAAAAGGUUUUGAGUUCAGCUGCCGUUUUCAUAGGACUAAGAGGGAUAAGAAGUUGGAUGGUGAUGGAUUGGAAGAGUGUCAAAAGACUCGCCAGGCGGCAGCUGCUCUCAAGAAAGGAGAUAUAUGCCAACUACAGUACUACCGCGGUGAUAUCUUCGCAGGUGUUGUCGUUGAGAACCGGGCCGAUGAGCAGACACUGCUUGUGGAUAUCAUUCCUAACGGGGACCGUAUCGAAAUUGAAUGGAAAUGGCUUCUCCUUCCAGAUCCUGCCGACUUCCGAUUACCAAGGGCGUCUGCGAAUGCUAUACCCAUGCCAACGUCACGUAAAGCUAAGGAUCAAAUUAACGCUACGAAGCGAGCUACAGAGGAACUUCCACGUCCAGAUGCACCUUUCGUUGAAGGAUUUACCUGGGCCGAAUUUAAUUCAUACGAAUGCUCGAAUAAGGCUCAAACUAAAGUGGAUUUCUCUAAGGAUAACCAGAUCUGGCAUUACCUUGGUAAAACGUCAACGGAAGCGCGCGCUCAGUAUACAGAAGAUCCAAAGAAUCCCAAACACAAUAUCAAGAGCAAUUUCUUAGAAACUGUCCCUCGGCCAGUUCAACCUAUAGCCCAGCCCCGAAAAUCGUACGGAUCGACGUUUUCGGUGCAGACCCCGGCUACAACAGGAGCCAAGCCUGAGAAGCCAUACCAAUAUAAACCAAGGGAUCCCGUUACACCUUCCUAUGUUCAUUCUCCCUUUACGACCCAACAGUUCCUUCCGAAGCCUUCUCCUUUCAUGGAACGGCAAUAUAUGCCAAGACCACCUUUUUAUCCACAACCCACGGGUUCGGGAUUUGUUCCUGUUCCUCAACAGGCCCUACAGCAUACUCUCCAGCAGCCUGUAACGAAACCAGCGCCUACGCCACCCAUUCUACAACAAAAUGGGGCGUCUACACCGCAACAGAAUACUCAGAAACCCAUUUUUACAGCCCGAUUCAUCAACCAUUAUCCUCCACAGCCGCCUGUUCGUCAACAGACUUGUACGAAUCAGCAAAGUGGACAAUUCGUCCCUCAGCCAACUACGCCUAAGCUGAUUUCGACGCCGCAGCCCAACGGACAAGCCACCGCUCAAUACCCCGUAUCAAAACCAGCAGCUCCUGUCCCUAAACUAACGCCUCCAAGGGCAGGACAUGCUCGGAACCGGUCAUCACUUAGUAGCCAGUCUUUGGCAUUCGGCUCGGAUCGUCGAUUUGGAACACCGCCGUUUUCAUACGGGAGUAACAGAAUUGAUUCUGCUGCUAAGUCACCCUUCAGCCAUGGAUUUACACAACCUCCUGGUCUUGGGCCGUCGCCGUCACCACAAAACGGCCAGCUUUUCCAAGCUCAAGCUAGAGCUAGAUCUGGAUCACUGGCAUCUAAUCGUUCAUUCGAUAUGCCAAUGACUUCGUCUGCUAUUCGGCCACCUUCCGCGUCGGCCCAAGGCGCUAUGGCAGAAGCUAAGGCCCCCUCGCAGCCAGUUACCCCUAAGCAAGUGCGGCCAAGUAUUAUUCAGAAAUAUGCUUUUUUCCAGGUCCAUCAUAACAGGGAUUCUACCAAGUAUAGGACGCCUUACGCUAAUUGGGGUGGCUUUACUAAUGGUUAUGAGGGUAACCUUCGGGCUCAUUUACUGAGAUCGCCCGAGGCGCUAUUUGGAAUUAGAAGGCGAUCAUCUGGCUUCAGCAGCGGUACUCCUGGUCUAUCUAACGCUUGUCAGAUUCCUCCCAGUAAUGGUAACCCGAGCAACGGCACGCCCAGCCCCGUGCCAUUUGCAGGCAACUCCAGUUCAAUUGGCUCAUCGGCAGUUGUACCAACUAGUGAUUCCCCUACUCCAUUCGCAACGCAGAAAGCGACGCUACCACCGACACAUAUAGCAUCAAAUAGACAGUCAGAAGCCCAACAAACACCAUCACGUGUCGCGGAUUCCUCGUAUUUCAGUGAGGGGCCUAUAACACAACUGCACCCUGCAAUCCGAGCUCAAUAUGCUGCAUUGUUGCAGUCAAGAAACUUCGAAACCUGCAACGACCAAACAGCCGUUCAAACGUACCAAGCUAUGCCGAAGCAGCAGUUGCCAUCAGCACCAUUGUUGUCUUCCCAUGCUCCCUCCGCCCCAUCACCAACAACCAUCUCUUCUCAAAACCCUGACUCCUCACAGCUUAAGGUAGAUAGUCCCUUACCGCCAGUCGCAGCCGCUACGGUCCAGAAGCAGCCCUCAUCAACGAACUCGAAUGGUUCUCCGAGAACACCGAUUCAGCCGCCCAGACAGACUUAUAUACCUCCUCCUCGACCGUGGGAGACACUACGUAAGUCGCAAGUCCCGGUUCAACCCCAGAAUUCCUCGAUGGAACACACAUCUCGUACCGCAACGCCAACUAUAGCAAAUCUUACUAUUACUCCGAAUACGUCGGUCCCGUUGAUUAACGGCGGAUCCGGAACUCCAAGGCACAUAGAAAGUCCAGGGCCCCAGCCCAGCAAUCCUCAGCCAGCAGACGAAUUACGGGCAGUUCCCGUACAUGAUGUACAAUCAACAGAUGUACAACAAUUAUCAAGCACCACAGUUGCACAACGACCAAGCGCAGCAGAACCAGUAUCAUCACCAGGGAGAUAUACCACGACCCCUUUAGCCCCGGUACCUGUACCUUUGAUAAAAGCGGACACAAGUGAUCUUCCAGAAGUACCAGACGAUUCCAUGGAAUUGAUUGAGAGCAUUAUUAGAGAUGCUCGGAGGAUCAGCAACGCACACUGUAACACCAUAGAUUAGGAUGCCAUGGUUUCCGUUUUUCGGGAGGAAUAUAUGGGAUGUGCAGACAGGAUACAAGCAUAACGAAACCAUGAAAAAAGGAGAUGGUUACGGAAGAUAGCAUGCACUGUCCUGCGGAGUUUGGCGUUGAUUAAACGACAUCCUACUUAGCCUCGGGCAGAUGAUCGUCUCGCAGUUAGACCUAGUGCCUGCAUGGGCUUGUGUGUUUUUCGGGCAAAGGAUUGACGAAAAACGGGGUGUUUUCAUUUCGUGCCCCUCAAUUAGUGUAUACGAUGGGGAUUUAUAGGUGAUAAGGCGGUUAGGUGGGCGGGAUUUGAGGAGUUGGACGGGUGUAUACUUAUGUACCUAGGUAGGUAUGGCUAGGCGAGGUGUUAUUUCCUGGAAUCUUGGGGGUUCUUCUGCAAGAAAUUCUAUUGCAAUGAUUGAUUUUCGGACGACUGUAUAGGUACCUAACCUAACCUACCUAGGUAGGUAUCUAAAGCUUAGUGUAUGCGUACCUAGGUAGUGCAUUAUGAACUAUAGUACCUGCUUUACUAUGUAGUAUUUGUAUUGCCUAAUUAAUUUUAAGCAUCCUCCUAAG